AUGGCAUCUAAAAACCAAAGUACUGUCACAGAAUUCACCCUAAGUGACUUUUCCUCUUCAUUGGAGUCACAAGUGACAUUCUUUUCUCUUUUCCUUGCUUUGUAUCUGAUGACACUAUUUGGAAACAUUCUAAUUAUGGCUUCUGUGCACGUGGAUUCACGCCUGCAUUCACCAAUGUAUUACUUUCUGAGUAAACUCUCUUUCUUGGACAUGUGUUAUUCUACUGUUACUAUUCCUAAAAUGCUCACUAACACCCUUUUAGGAAGCAAGACAAUUACCUUUAACCAGUGCAUGUCUCAGCUCUUCUUUCUUCAUCUUUUUGGUGGCACUGAGUGCUUUCUGCUUACUGUCAUGGCCUAUGAUCGUUAUGUAGCUAUAUGUCAUCCAUUGAGAUAUCACAUUGUCAUGACCCAAAGGUUCUGUCAUUGGCUUAUGGCAUCAACAUGGAUUGGGGGCUUCUUGCAUUCAUUUACUCAGGCUUUUCUGACCUAUCAACUACCUUUUUGUGGUCCUAACAAUCUCAACUACUUUUUCUGUGAUGUACACCCCCUUUCUGCUUUGUCCUGUUCUGAUACUUUAUUAAUUGAUAGCUUCAUUGUAGCCAAUAGCGGGAUGAUUGGCCUCAGUUGCUUUGUGGUGUUGCUGUUUUCAUAUCUCAUCAUUAUUAAGACAAUUUUUAAAAUGCACUCAGCAGAAGGGAGAAGCAAAGCCUUUUCUACGUGUGCUUCACAUCUCAUGGUGGUUAUUAUUUUCUUUGGGCCUAGUGUAUUCAUUUAUUUGAGGCCACCUGUAAAUUAUUCAGUAGAUAAGCUUUUGUCCUUUCUUUACACAGUACUUACCCCUUUACUUAACCCUAUCAUUUAUACUCUCAGAAACCAGGAAAUGAAAAAUGCCUUAAAGAAACUCACAAAGGGCUUUGAGACAAAAUUCAAAACUUAA